AAACGUUUAUUGUGUGUGCGUGUGCUGGUUGUGUUGUUGCAGAAGUUUGUUGUGCAGAGGUUAGGGCUGUUUGAAUAAUAGUUUUAUUAAAUAUACGUGUAUGAUUAACACCUCGGCCUCCACGGAGCCAAAUAUGAUGGAAUACGAGUGAUCCCGUAACGCACGGUGUUUUUGAGCUAGGUAGCUACCCAGCCGGAGUGAAGUGGGUUAACCUGGCCUCCAAGAUGCUCCCAGCACAUGCAACGUUUUAUUUCCCAUGGGAAAUCAGAACUGACGCGAUAAAAGACGGAACUUCACUGCGGACGUUUGGCAGACUUGCGAGCUACCUGCCGGAGGAGUCCAGAGCUGUUCUGACCUGUGUUCGUGCGUCGGUGCAGCACCAGGUGUCCGUGCGGACAACGUUUGUAGAGCCCUUUCAUCCAGUUAUUGGGGCUCAGUACAUUGUCCUUGGAGAGACCGAAAAGGCAGAGGGCGGUGACGCUAUCCUGCACGCUCGCGUUUUGACCUGCGUGGACGGAGUAGAUGUUGCUCUGCUGCAGAAGGCCGUAGAUGAACAGAGGAGCUUUUUUAAGGACAGGGACGGUCCUGGGCCAGAGUAGAACCUGCUUCCAAGCACCUGCGAUACCAGGCAUUGGAAUUCGUAAUGGAAACUCAUUUUCUCCAGGCAAACAAUAAUUGCAGAUGUGAUGUGAUGGGAGAACUGCAGUAUAAAUGUAUCGCAGAUUGUAUAGUUAAGUCAGAAAAGAAAAGGCACAGGAGACAGUUUUGUACUUGGGAAAACAGUUGAUAAAUCAUUACUAAUUCAGCUCUUCACCUCUGAGACAUAACAUUGUCAGAUGUGUGCAUGGCUCCAUUUCUGUAUUUUAUAAACUAUUAUAAUAAAAACAAAAAUAGAAUUUA